AGAGGGAAGCACUAUAUUCUCCUAUAGUCGUAAUAAAUUGCUCGGAGCAGUCGGAGCACGUCGGCUUUCUCUGCGCUGACGAGAUCACAAUUGUUUUUCUCAAGCGAAAAUUCUGCAAGAAGCAGAAAUUAAAAUACAAAAAUGGGAUUAGGCGGCACGCUAUAUAAUCUCGUUCUCAAACGCACUUCCACGUUCACGAUCGUCGUUUUAGCUUCUGCCUUCGCAUUCGAAAGAGGAUUCGAUAUGGCAUCCGAGAAAAUUUUUGACGCUAUUAACAGAGGGAAACAAUGGAAGGACAUUAAACACAAGUACGAGAAUUGAAUGGGAUAUAUUAGGGAUAAUAUAUGUUAGAUCUAUUUAAUAGAUAUUCUGGAUAUGUAAAUAAAUAACAAAUUAUGUGAA